GUUUGGCAUCUCCGGCGUUAGAAGUACUACUGCUAUUUUUUAUCUUUGUUUUACUGUGUGUUUGUGUCGGCAACAGCUGUUUGGCCCUGAAAAAAUAAAAUCGCAGCCAGAACCAAAGGAAAAACAACAAUGACAGUGCGAAUACGAGCGGAGAAAGGGCAACGCGUCGGAUAAAUAAUUAAUUGCCAUUGCCGCAAGUACAUUGCCAAUCGAUUACGCGGUAAUGCUCGAGCCGGUCUAAUUUUUAUCACCAAGUGGGCCCACACUUAAUCGCACGAACAGCAAACAGAACACAGCAAACGGAACUACAAUUCCAAUUAUUGAGCUGCGAACGUGCCGGGGAUCCCAAUUUUAGUCAAUUUUAAUGUCGAGCUAAUCUAGAAAAACCAAAAGCCAAUCGAACAAAGCUGCAAAAUGGCCAAGGUCACGAACUGGGAUAAGUUUGUGCUGCUGCUGUGGAAGAACUGGACGCUGCAAUGGAACCACAAGUGGCAGAUGGUCAUCGAGCUGGUGCUGCCGGCCAUAUUUUCCCUUCUCCUGGUUCUGGUCCGCACCCUGGUCGACACGGAGCAGCGCGGAAUCAAGACCUAUGAUGCGCUGCCCAUAAACAAUCUCAGUCUGUUGCAACAUUCGUUGCAUAGAUCGUCCUACCUUGGCAAGCUCAUAGCGCUGAUUGCACCCAAUCGACGGAGCGGGUUGUCGAACUUGAAUUCCAUCGUGUGCUACUCCCCCGUGAAUCCCGUGCUGAGGAAACUGGUCGACGAGGCCUGGCAGAGCCUCGGGAAGAAGGAGGUCUGUGAGUCGGAGAAUGCGGCCCAACUGGAGGUGGACACGGUCAGUAGGAGCGCCUUUGCUGGCAUCCAGUUCGACGAUGCCUGGGCAAAUCUCACGGAGUCGGAUCCCCUGCCCGCUGACUUUCACUUCGCCCUGCGCUUCCCUUCCGAACUGCGCACGGCGACGAUGGCGAUAGCCAACACCUGGCUGACCAUGCGUCUGUUUCCCACUAUCGAUCUGACGGGUCCGCGCAACGAGGCGGAUGAGGAUGGUGGCAUACCGCCGGGCUACCUGCGCGAGGGAUUCCUGCCCCUGCAGCACAGUCUCUCGAUGGCGUACAUCCGGCAGAGGUCAGGGGAACAGAGUCUGCCGGACGUGAUGAUGCAACGCUAUCCGUACCCCGCCUACAUCUUCGACCCCCUGCUGGAGGGCAUGUCCUCGAUUAUGUCGCUGAUCAUACUGCUCAGCUUCAUCUACCCCUGCACGUACAUCACCAAAUACAUCACCGCCGAGAAGGAGAAACAGCUCAAGGAGGUGAUGAAGAUCAUGGGCCUGAGCAACUGGCUGCACUGGACCGCUUGGUUUGUCAAGUCCUUCAUCAUGCUGACCAUAUCGGCCAUCCUUAUAGCCAUUCUGGUCAAGAUCAACUGGUCGGAGGGCGUGGCCGUGCUGACGCAUGCCAACUUCACCGCCCUGGUCUUCUUCCUGAUCAUAUACAUCAUAGCGAGCAUCUGCUUUUGCUUCAUGAUGGCCACCUUCUUCUCGAGGGCGAGCACAGCGGCCGCCGUUACGGGUUUGAUUUGGUUCAUCGCCUACAUCCCGUACUCCUUCACCAUCAACACCUACGACGACCUGAGCCUGACGGCCAAGCUGGGCUGGAGCCUGAUCUCGAACACGGCCAUGGGCUUUGGGAUCAAGCUGAUCCUGGGCUUCGAGGGCACGGGCGAGGGUCUGCAGUGGAGCAAUUUCUUCACACCCGUGUCCGUGGACGACACUUUGACGGUGGGUGCCGUGAUGAUCAUGAUGCUGGUGUCGUGCGUCAUUUGCAUGACCAUCUGCCUGUACGUGGAGCAAGUGAUGCCGGGCAGCUUUGGUGUGCCGCGUCCCUGGAACUUUCCGUUCACCCGGGAGUUCUGGUGCGGCGAGCGGGAGUACACGGGCGUGGAGGACAUACCUAACGGGCAUGUGGAGCAGCGGGAUCCCAAGGCCUUCGAAACGGAGCCGGAGGGCAAGCACAUCGGCCUUCAAAUGAGACACCUAAAGAAGCGCUUCGCCGACAAGAUGGUCGUCAAAGGGCUCUCCAUGAAUAUGUUCGAAGAUGAGAUCACCGUCCUGCUGGGUCACAAUGGAGCAGGCAAAACGACGACCAUAUCGAUGCUGACGGGCAUGUUUCCGCCCACGAGCGGCACAGCCAUCAUAAACGGCAGUGACAUUCGCACCAACAUUGAAGGGGCUCGCAUGUCCCUCGGCAUUUGUCCGCAGCACAAUGUCCUCUUCGAUGAGAUGAGUGUUUCGAAUCACAUUCGCUUCUUCAGCCGGAUGAAGGGACUGCGCGGCAAGGCCGUGGAGCAGGAGGUGGCCAAGUAUCUGAAGAUGAUCGAGCUGGAGGACAAGGCGAACGUCGCGUCAGCGAAACUCUCCGGCGGCAUGAAGCGCAAGCUCUCCGUCUGCUGUGCCCUCUGCGGUGACACCAAGGUGGUGUUGUGCGAUGAGCCCAGCUCCGGCAUGGACCCCUCGGCCAGGCGGCAGUUGUGGGAUCUGCUGCAGCAGGAGAAGGUGGGACGCACCCUGCUGCUGACCACUCACUUCAUGGACGAGGCCGAUGUGCUGGGCGAUCGGAUUGCCAUCAUGUGCGACGGGGAACUCAAGUGCCAUGGAACUUCGUUUUUCCUGAAAAAACAAUACGGAUCCGGCUACCGAUUGAUCUGUGUGAAGCGAGACGAUUGCGAGACAAACGAGGUGACUGCCCUGCUGAGCAAGUACAUUCCGGGCCUGAAACCCGAGUGCGAUAUAGGCGCGGAACUGUCCUAUCAACUGCCCGAUAGCGCCUCCUCUAAGUUCGAGGAGAUGUUCGGCCAGCUCGAGGAGCAGUCCGAUGAACUGCAUCUGAAUGGCUACGGCGUAGGCAUCACCUCGAUGGAGGAGGUGUUCAUGAAGGUCGGCGCCGAGAAGGACAGCACCGGCAACCUGAAGGACCAAAGUGAGAUCAUGAACGGCGGCAGCGGAUUCCGUGGCGAGGAUGACAACGAAUCUGUGCAGUCCGACGGCAUCUUCUCGGAGAAUCGUCGACUGCUCCAGGGACUGCAGCUGCUGUCGAAUCAGUGGAAGGCCAUGUUGCUCAAGAAGUUCCUUUAUACGUGGCGCAACAAGUUGCUGCUGCUCAUCCAGAACAUUAUGCCGGUAUUUUUCGUGGUGGUUACCAUUUUGAUCAUCAAGACGCAGGGCACUUUCCAGGAGCUCAAGCCCAUUACCAUAUCGCUGACCCAAUAUCCGCUGGCUGUGACCGUUUUGGAUCGCUCCGAAGUGGUAAAUGGUUCGAGUAACUCUGAGAUAGCCAACAAGUACGCGGACUUGGCCCAAUCCUAUGGCAGCAAUUAUGCCCUGCAACUGACGGGCACCAAAGGCUUCGAGGAUUACAUCCUGGAACUGGGAAAGACCAUACAGGUGCGCAUCAACUCCCGCUAUUUGGUGGCGGCCACCAUCAACGAGACCAAGAUCAUUGCCUGGCUAAACAAUCAGGCGCUGCAUACAGCUCCUCUGACCGUUAAUAUGGUGCACAAUGCCAUCGCCGAUCGGCUCAUGGGUUCAUCGGUGAGGAUCGUGGUGACUAAUGCACCGCUGCCGUACACGACCAACACCCUGCUCUCCCAGCUGAGCAUGGGCAACAAUCUGGGGACCCAGCUGGCCUCCAAUCUGUGCUUCUGCAUGUGCUUCGUGAGCUCGAUUUACAUCCUGUUUCUGAUUAAGGAGCGCGAGUCUAGGGCCAAGUUGCUACAGUUUGUGGGCGGCGUGAAAGUCUGGACCUUCUGGUUGUCGCAAUUCAUCUGCGAUUUUGCAACCUACAUCGUAACGGCUUUGAUCGUGGUGAUUACGAUCGUCUGCUUCCAGGAGCCUGGAUUGUCCAGCUUCGCGGAACUGGGCCGGUACUACUUGCUGCUGCUGCUCUUUGGAUUCGCCGUACUGCCCUUCAUCUACAUAAUGUCGCUGUUCUUUAAGGAGCCUGCCACUGGCUUUGCUCGGGUCUCCAUUGUGAAUAUCUUCUGCGGCAUGGCGCUGUUCAUUGUGGUUGUGGUGAUGUCCUCGGAACUAUUCGACACCAAGGACACGGCGGACAUAUUGGGCUGGAUCUUCCGCAUCUUCCCGCACUUCUCGCUGGCCAUGAGUCUGAACAAGGUCUACACCAACACGGCCACGAGGAAUGCUUGCGCCAAGGCCGGGGCGAUCCCACCCAUUCUGCUCUGCGAGUUGGUCCCACAAUGCUGCAACAUCAAGCCAUUCUUUGCUUGGGAGGAGCCUGGCGUUCUGCCCGAGACUGUCUACAUGACUGUCACCGGCGUCGUCUUCUUCCUUAUCAUCAUUGUGCUAGAGUUUAGACUCAUCAACGAGCUGAUGUUUAAGAUCCGUCAAAUGCUCUCCAAACCACCACCGCCACCGCUGGAGGGCAGUUUGGAUGACGACGUGGCCAACGAACGGGAGCGCAUCAUUCACAUGUCCUCCAAUGAGCUGGUCACCAAAAAUCUGGUGCUGGAUCGGGUCACCAAGUACUACGGCCAAUUUCUGGCCGUUAAUCAGGUGUCGCUCUGCGUACAGGAAGUCGAAUGCUUUGGGCUGCUGGGCGUGAACGGAGCAGGCAAGACCACCACGUUCAAGAUGAUGACCGGCGACGAGCGAAUCAGCUCGGGGGCCGCCUUCGUCCAAGGUCUUAGCCUGGAGUCGAACAUGAACAGCAUCUACAAGAUGAUCGGCUACUGUCCGCAGUUCGACGCGCUGCUGGAUGAUCUGACGGGCCGCGAGGUGCUCCGCAUUUUCUGUAUGCUACGCGGUGUCCAGGAGGCACGCAUUCGUCAGUUGUCCGAGGAUCUGGCCAAGUCAUUUGGCUUCAUGAAGCACAUCGAUAAGCAAACGCACGCGUAUAGUGGCGGGAAUAAGCGAAAGCUGAGUACGGCCAUUGCUGUGAUUGGAAGUCCGUCCGUAAUUUACUUGGAUGAGCCCACAACCGGCAUGGAUCCGGCGGCCAGGCGUCAGCUGUGGAACAUGGUCUGCCGCAUACGGGACUCGGGCAAAUCCAUUGUCCUCACAUCGCACAGCAUGGAGGAGUGCGAGGCGCUCUGCACCCGAUUGGCCAUUAUGGUGAAUGGCGAGUUCAAGUGCAUCGGCUCCACGCAGCACCUGAAGAACAAGUUUUCCAAGGGGCUGAUCCUAAAGAUCAAGGUGCGUCGCAAUUUGGAGGCGUUGCGGCAGGCGCGUUUGAGUGGCGGCUAUGCUCGCAACCCGGAUGAGCAGACGGUACCGGCCCAAAUGGCCCAGCAGGACAUAGAUGCCGUCAAGGAGUUUGUGGAGCACGAGUAUCCACACUCCAUUCUCCAGGAGGAGUACCAGGGCAUUUUGACGUUCUACAUUCCACUGACUGGGGUUAAAUGGUCGCGCAUCUUUGGCCUGAUGGAGAGCAAUCGCGACCAGCUGAAUGUGGAGGACUACUCGGUCAGCCAGACGACGCUGGAAGAGAUCUUCCUGGAGUUCGCCAAGUACCAGCGCGAGGACACACGCGCCAAUCACCGCCUCUCCGAACUGAGGAAGCUGUGCAAGUGCCUGCUAGCUAACGAGUAUUGAACCAACUACCUGAGCGGAUCCGGUCCAGUCCGUUGCGAUCCGAUCCGAUCCUGACCUGAUCUUAAAACACUCACAAUAAUGUUUUAUACCAAAAGAACGCCGAUGCCUGAACAGCUAACAAAUAGUUUCUAAGCUCGACCUGACAAUAGAUAGCAGCGAUUAUGCGUCUUUUCAUUGUGAUCGUCUAGCAAAAUUUACACUGUAACGAGAAGACAUCUAUCUAUAAAUUGUAUGUUUGCAUACACACAUACCCUAUAUCUGUGUACCUAUGGUUAUAUCUGCUUGACUUGCACAAUAGGCUCCGAUGAUCUUUAGUAUGUUUCAUCCAUUCUGGUUUCGCACCCAAGAAAAUAUUGGCCGGACUCGGCCGGAAACUAUUCCCAGCGCCUAGAGGAAACCUGUUGCAUAUAUAGUACUAAGUAUGUGUAUUUAUUUCGAUGUACUUAGACCGGCUAACCAAAGCGUGUAAAUAAGUCAAUUUAACUGUGGCACAAACCCUACGAUACAUAUGAGAAUUUACAAAAUACUGUUAAAUGUGUACCAUACGAUUGAAUUAAAUUUUAUCUUAAUGUGAA